UUAUCAUAAAUUGGUAUAUACAUAUAUAGUGGACUGUGGAAAGGUGCGAAAGGUGAGAGGGGUAAACAUAAUUUCAGCAGACCAACCACCUUUUGUACGGGUCAGUUGCUAUGUACACGUUUUGCUGUGUGAGUUUGCUCUGUUCGUGUUAUUGAAUUUGAUGUGAAAGGAACUAGAACCUCUCGAUACUAAAGAUCAUAUACGCUCCUGUUACGGCAUAAGCGGCAUAGCGUAAUCAUAGCCAUGGCGAUUGCUUCGUCGCGAGUAGACGAACUUGUACAAACUGUUACUCUUCAUAAUCCUCGAAAAUUGCUAUUUACGGGCUACGUUCUGCCCUCUGUGAUAUUACACGCUGUGUGGAUUUAUAGUUGGAUUUUUGUCUAUGGAAUUGACGAAUAUUAUGAUGCGGGUUUAGUGGGUAUUGCAGCUAUCGGUGUACUACAAAUUUUCAUAUGUUUGUGUUGCCAGUGGUCAGUGCAUAUACACACUUUCCUUAAUUGUAGCUCGGAAAAAGAUCCGUAUAAAGCGAAAAUAGCAAAAGUAGUGCCUACUCCCAACAAUGGAAGUUCAGAGCUUGUUAAACUACAUCAUUCUGAACAACAUGAGCCGUGGUUCAUAUUUCAAAAAACCAAAUACUAUUGGAAUUCGCAUGAAAAAAGUUUCAAAGGCCUUCAUUUUCCAAUUAAUCACUCUAUCAAACAUUAUUGCGAAUGGAGAGGAUACUUGGAUGAGAAAGAUAUUGCAGCAGCAGAAGAAAAAUAUGGGAAGAAUAAGCUGGAUAUGGUGAUACCAGAAUUUAGAGAACUAUUUAAAGAAAGAGCAAUUGCACCAUUCUUUAUUUUUCAAUUAUUUUGUGUAGCAUUAUGGUGUUUCGAUAAAUAUUGGUAUUAUAGUAUCUUUACAUUAAUUAUGCUUAUUAUGUUUGAGUGCACACUUGUGCAGCAACAACUCCGAAAUAUGGCUGAAAUUAGGAAAAUGGGAAAUAAGCCAUAUACUAUAAUGGUCUACAGGAAUAGACGGUGGCAUUCCAUGUUUACUGACCAACUAGUUCCUGGUGAUAUUGUAUCCAUAACAAGAUCUCAAAAUGAUAAUCUAGUGCCAUGUGAUAUGUUACUUUUAAGAGGACCUUGUGUUGUUGAUGAGAGUAUGUUAACAGGGGAAUCAGUUCCUCAAAUGAAAGAGCCCAUAGAAGAAAUUGAUGGAAAUAGACAGCUGGAUAUAGAAACUGAUAAGCUUCACAUACUUUUUGGGGGCACGAAAGUUGUACAACAUACUCCACCAAGUAAAAGUGUAUCUGGCCUUAAAGCUACUGAUAAUGGCUGUGUGGCCUAUGUUUUACGUACUGGUUUUUCAACGUCGCAAGGAAAACUUUUGAGGACAAUAUUAUUUGGAGUCAAAUGUGUUACCGCUAACAACUUGGAAACGUUUGGUUUUAUCCUAUUUUUGCUAGUUUUUGCGAUUGCUGCAGCAUCAUAUGUCUGGAUUAAAGGAAGUGAAGAUCCUACAAGAAAUAGAUACAAAUUGUUCUUGGAAUGUACACUUAUUCUUACAUCAGUUGUUCCUCCAGAAUUGCCUAUUGAGUUAUCAUUAGCUGUUAAUACUUCAUUAUUGGCCUUAUCAAAACUAGGUGUAUUUUGUACUGAACCUUUUAGAAUUCCAUUUGCUGGAAAGGUUCAAAUAUGUUGCUUUGAUAAAACUGGUACUCUAACUAGUGAUAAUUUAGUCGUCGAAGGUAUAGCGGGGAUUGAAGGAAAACCAGAUGUUAUGCAGCUUUCUGAUGCACCUAUAGAAAGUAUUCAAGUACUCGCAACGUGCCAUUCUCUUGUACAAUUAGACGACGGAAUUGUUGGAGAUCCCCUUGAGAAAGCUACACUGAAAGCUAUUAAAUGGAAUCUUACAAAAACUGAUUCUAUGGUAUCAAGAAAAGGACAAUCGCCUGUCUUAAAAAUCGUACAAAGACAUCACUUUUCUUCCGCGUUAAAGCGAAUGUCAGUCGUAGCAGGAUACACAAUGCCAGGAUCAUCAGAAAUCAAUUACAUGACCACUGUGAAAGGUGCUCCUGAAAUUAUUAAGGACAUGUUGUUAUCUAUACCAGAUAAUUAUGAAUCAACGUAUUUGUCACUUUCGCGUCGCGGAGCAAGAGUAUUAGCUUUAGGAUAUCGAAAACUUCCUGGACCUCUAUCUUCGCAAGAUUUAAGGGAAUUAACACGAGAAGACUUAGAAAAGAAUCUCAUUUUUGCUGGAUUUGUAAUCAUAAGUUGUCCACUUAAACCUGAUUCUAAAGCUGUUAUUAAGGAAAUCGUGAAUGCUUCACAUUCGGUUGUUAUGAUUACUGGUGAUAAUCCUUUAACAGCAUGUCACGUUAGUCGCGAAUUACAUUUUACAAAGAAACCAGUUACGCUUAUAUUAACUGCAGCUGAUGGAAAGUGGAUAUGGGAAAGCGUGGAUAGAAAAAUAAACUUACCUUUGGAAAUGAAGAAUAUUUCUCGGAAUAAUGAAAUUUGGCGGGAAUACACUCUUUGUGUAACGGGAGAAGGUUUAACAUAUUUAAAAGAUAACGAACGAGAUCUACUUCGUAAAUUGUUACCACACAUCGUAAUUUUUGCAAGAUGUGAACCAAAACAAAAAGAAUUUAUAAUUGUCUCGUUGCAAAAUUUAGGAUACACAACGUUGAUGUGCGGAGACGGCACUAAUGAUGUUGGUGCUUUAAAACAUGCUCAAGUGGGUGUCGCCAUUUUAUCAAGCCAACCUGAAAGAGUAUCUGCCGAAAAGCAAGAUAAUGUAAAGAACGAACAUACCGUCUCAAAUUCAGCAGUAACAAAUGGUCCAAGAAACAGUCCGAGAGUUUCUGCUAAUACCAAGGCGAGAAUACAAAAGAUAUUAAAAGAACUCGAAGAACAAUCUGUUAUAGUUAAGUUAGGAGAUGCUUCAAUUGCCGCACCUUUUACAAGCAAAAUGUCAUCAAUUCAAUGCAUAUGCCAUGUUAUUAAGCAAGGUCGAUGCACCCUGGUUACCACCUUGCAGAUGUUCAAAAUUUUAGCACUUAAUGCAUUAGGGCUUGCAUACAGCCAAUCUGUUCUUUAUUUAGGUGGAAUAAAAUUCAGUGAUGCACAAGCUACCUUACAAGGUGUUUUAUUGGCCACUUGCUUUUUAUUCAUAUCAAGAUCAAAGCCAUUAAAAACAUUGUCUAAACAGAGGCCUCUUCCGAACAUUUUUAACUUAUACACGAUUGCUACCGUACUCCUUCAAUUUGCAGUACAUUUUAUCUCUCUUGUCUAUUUGGUUAAGGAAGCUACUUUAUUAUCUCCAAAGAGUGAAAAAUUAGCAGCAAUACUAGCUCCAAGUAAUUCAUCUAAUGGAAGUACGGCUUUGAAUAUGAACUUGACUGACGAAGAAGAAUUGUUUGAACCCAAUCUAUUAAACAGUACAGUUUAUAUUAUUGCCAUGGCGAUUCAAAUUUCUACUUUUGCAAUUAAUUAUCGGGGUCAUCCAUACAUGGAGAGUUUGUUACAAAAUAAAUCUUUACUAUACAGCCUUAUAGGCAAUGCUACUGUUAUAUUGGGAUUAGCAUGUGGAUUUUUACCCGAUUUGGCAGCACAAUUUGAAAUUGUGGAUUUCCCAAGUGAUUUUCGAAGUCUUUUAGUUCAAGUUUUAAUAGCUGACUUUGUCCUUGCAUAUAUAGUUGAUAGAGCCUGUUUAUGGCUUUUUGGAGAAGGAAGACAUCAAAAACUGUGAUUAGUACACAAUUUCUAUACUCAACUUUUAACUCCAAAAGUGCGAAAAAUUGAAUAUACAACUUUGUUUUCUUGUUUCACAACAAACGAAUGUUAUCUUGGUUUAUUAAUAUCUUUCUAUUUCAUGAAUUAUAUUACGAUUCAUACGUGGAAUAUAAUGCUUUUAAAAAUCUGACCAAUAAUAAUUGAGAAGUUAUUACUUAAAAACACUCAUAUUGUUUAAGAAUUUGCGAAUAAUUCUUUGUGGAACAAGAAAAAUCAACGUAUAUAUACUUAUGUGUGUAUAUAAGUAUGUGGUAUGUAUGUUUUAAUGAAUGUAAUUAUUGCUAUACAAUGUGAAAUAGUAAAAAGAGCAUGCAAUGUGAGUGUGUACAAAUGAUAAGUAAAUAAUACAUAAUGUCAUAAGUAUUACAUAUAUCAUUGUUUAAAAGCAA